AUGGUGUCUCUGCUCGCAUUGACAGCCUUCCAUGACAGCAUGAAGAUGGAGAACUUGUUGCCCACGGUGCAGCCGCAACACGACGGUUACCAUGGCUACGCGGCAGGCAACGUGAUUGGCGAUCACGACCAUGCUCUGUGCUACAUUAUGGACCACUACCCGGACCUCCUGCCGAGCUUCAAAGAGCUUUCAGCGUCAGAGCGGCAGUCGGUGCAGUUCACGCAGCGUCGGAUCAUUCUGCCGGGGUCCCGCCGGCUGGUGCCGGAUCCUUCCGCACUUGCUCAAGAGGUGGUUUCGGCUGACUUGCUCGACCGCGUUCUUCUGAAAGAAGCCGGCGAUUCUGCUCAAGCUGAAGAAGUCCAAGCCGCCAAGGAGAUCGCAGCACGGCUUGCCAGCGAGGCAGCCGCUGCUGCCAAGGCUUCUGAGGACGAAGGCAGCUGUCUCGAAGAUUGGAAUCAAAGGCAGAUGCACCUGGAUUUCAUCUUCGUGAACCUGCAGAAACGUGCGCGACGCCAGCGGCUCGCGGACUUCGUGUAG